AUGGACAAUGGGCCGGUGCCAGGGCGGGUGCGCCGCGCCUCCGGACACCAACUGAAGCCGGCCACUCGCACUCGCCGCAGGGCCGCGGCGGCCGGCAUGCUGUCGGCGCUGCUGCUGCUCUCCGGCCCGGGUGGUGCGAGCGCGGGGGAUGCUGGAAUCGGCACGCUGAUCGGGCCGGCGCGUGUCGUCGAUGGCGACACGCUAUACGUGCAGGGUGAGAAAGUGCGGCUGUAUGCAGUGGACGCGCCGGAGAAGGCGCAGUCCUGCAAAAACGCCCAGGGCGCGGACUACUCCUGCGGCGUCAACAGCCUGCAGGCGCUGACAGCGCGCGUGGGCACCAGCCAGGUGCGCUGCACCGUCAAGUCCAAAGACCAGUACGGCCGCAACGUGGCCGCCUGCAGCAUCCUAUCCCCUGGUGGCGCUGAGGACAUGGGAGAGUGGCUGGUUUCGAAUGGCUAUGCGGUUGCAUACCGCAGCAUCAGCAAGGAGUAUGUGCCAGCGGAGGAAAAGGCGCGGGCGGCGAAGCUGGGGAUCUGGAGCGGCAGCUUUGAGAUGCCCGCCAAGUGGCGGUAUCUCCAGCGCCAGGGCAGCAUGGAUUCGGGCGAUUACGUGAUCGCCCCUGCGCCCGCCCCCAAGCAGCAGCCGGCGCCCGCGACCCCCGCCGGCAGCUCGCUGGUCGCGCCCGGCCGCUCUUACGCGGACGCGGUCGCGGGCGGCGCUGCCGCCGCGGCGGCGACCAAGGGCGUUGCGGCGGCGCCGGCCAAGCCUGCGGCGGCGCCCAGCGGGUGCGUGAUCAAGGGGAACAUCAACAGCAAGGGGGAGAAGAUCUACCAUACGCCAGAGAGCGGCGCCUACGAGCGGACUAUAGUAGAGCCGGAGAAGGGAGAGCGCUACUUCUGCACGGCUGCAGAGGCCGAGGCGGCCGGCUUCCGGGCAGCCAUCAAGUGA